GAAAGGAAGCUUCUUUACGAGAAUUCGAGAAAGAGAGAGCUGGAUAAUCUACUCCUUGUUUUAAGACAACUCUCCUCCAUCUUUCCAAUGUAUCUCUCCCUCUCAGGUGACCCUUCUAUUUCUAUGGACUGGGAGGGGAGCUGGAGUUCUUUUGCAGACUAAUUGAGCCGGUGAUUGCUGCUUGGAUUAUAACCAUGUCUGCUUAUGGCCAUCAAAUGGAGCAGCAAUACUCUGCUCACAGUCUUUCAAGUAGAGGUUCUGGGAGGAGGCAAAGCAGUUAUGUAAUGGACUCAGGGUUCUACAUGUCGUCUUUUGCUUCCACAAUCUUCAUUGGUGCACUUGUAACUGUUGGGGUAAUAUUAAUCACAUUGCUGAUUGCGUUGACCGUAAUGCUGCAGUCUUGCCAAAGUAGGAGCCAUGGAGUCAUUGAGAUUGAAAAACCAAGUUAUGAUUACAAUUACUGCCAGAUCAUCUCUCUGCAUGUGGAACUCAACAAAGUUGAAGCAGACCACUUCCCUUCAAUUUGCAGGGUUGUUGCCCUUCAAUACAUCAAAGAAGGCCAAUAUGCAAGAGAUUUAAAUUCUACCGUGUGGAUGAUUCAGAAUUAUUUCAGUACCCUAAAACGUGACGGUGUGGAUGUGGUCUUGAUGGACAUAGAUGACGUUCUUUCUUCAAGUCCCCAGUACAUUAAAUUGUUAGUGGACCGAGAUGAUCAAUAUGGUUCUAGUGAUUGUGUGGAAGAGGCAAAGCAGCUGAAGCACGUAUAUAUUUUGAGACUGUACAUGAAACUUCAUGCUAGUGGGUGGCCUUUGAUUUUGCUAUCAAGAAAGCCAGAGACGCAACUGAAUUCCUCCAUAGAGUAUCUUAUAUCUGCAGGAUUUAGAGCUUGGUCUUCAUUGAUUAUGAGAUCAGAAGAUGAUUUGCAAAUGGAUAGUUGUGACUACUUCUCUAAACAAAGGGCUGCAAUGCAGAGAAAAGGCUUGCGCAUAAUAGGCACUAUAAGCAGUCACAUGGAUGCUCUAACAGGCACAUCUUUAGGAGAGCGUAUUUUUAAGCUUCCAAACCCAGUUUAUUACAGUUUUUGAACAUCAAAGUUGAGGACGCACAAGUUGGCAUAUUUGUAGUUCAUAUAGAUUCGUCUGGAGAUUUUGAUUUUGAAAUCAAUCCUACCAUGUAAAUAGCAUCGGUUCUGCUUUGAGUGUUCUGUUGUAAAAAAAAAAAAAACAUUAUUCGUGUUAUAAUUGUUGUAAUUAUUCUUCA